UCCGGGAGAGAGAGGGAACACACCAGCAGGGCUUAUGGGAGCGGGUUAAACAAGUGUUUUCAGGAGUACACAACAGCGCCAGGAAUCUGACUAAACCCUUUAAAGCACACCCUGUCUCCUUCAUGUCUUGUCUUCCAUCAUUACUGAGACAAAAGGGCUUGUCUCUCGUGCGUGUGCCAAGUCUUUACUGAGAGCCGACAGCUGAUUACUUGAUUUUCCCCGUCCCCUGGAGCUACACCAAUCCUCUCAUCGCACCGCUUGGCAGCUCUUCUCACCUAGAGCCAGGAUGAACGACGUUCAGGAGGCCACCUCUCCUGCUACCAGCCUCAGUGGUCCAGCUACUUGUGUCUCCAAAGUGGAGCUGCGCGUGUCUUGCAAAGCUCUGCUGGACCGAGACACGCUGAAUAAAUCGGACCCCUGUGUUGUUCUCAUGGUACAGAACAAUGGGCAGUGGACAGAGCUGGACAGGACAGAAGUGAUCAAGAGCAACUUGCAUCCAGUCUUUGGGAAGGUUUUCUCUGUGGAUUACUACUUUGAGGAGGUGCAGAAGCUGCGAUUUGAAGUCUACGAUAUCCAUGGAACUCACAGCAUUGGGACGCGUGAUGAUGACUUUUUGGGCGGCAUGGAAUGCACUCUUGGACAGAUUGUGGCCCAAAAGAAGAUGGUGAAGCCUUUGUUGCUGAAGUACGGGAAAUAUGCUGGCAAAUCCACCAUCACAGUGCAUGCUGAGGAAAUCUCUGGCAACAAUGGGUAUGUGGAGCUCUUCUUCUGUGCCAAGAAGCUUGAUGAUAAGGAUCUUUUCAGCAAGUCAGACCCAUUUUUGGAAAUAUAUCGAAUCAAUGAUGAUGAAACUGAACAACUUGUCCACAGAACUGAGGUGAUUAAAAACAACCUGAAUCCAGUGUGGGAACCCUUCAAAGUAUCACUCAUGUCUCUGUGCAGCUGUAAUGAAGAGAGGAAGCUUAAGUGCCUAGUGUGGGAUUAUGACUCCAGGGGAAAGCACGAUUUCAUUGGCGAGUUCUACGCCACGUUCAGGGACAUGCAAAAAAUUUCCAGUGGAAAUAAGGUGUCGUGGGAUUGUGUGAAUCCCAAGUACAAACAGAAGAAGAGAAACUAUAAAAAUUCAGGAGUUGUCAUUCUCACCGAACUUAAGCUUCACAGAGUCUACUCCUUCCUAGAUUACAUUAUGGGAGGAUGCCAAAUUCAUUUUACGGUUGCCAUCGACUUCACAGCCUCCAACGGAGAUCCGAGGAACAGCUGCUCGUUGCACUACAUCAACCCAUACCAACCUAACGAGUACUUGAAGGCUCUGAUUGCAGUGGGGGAGAUCUGUCAAGACUAUGACAGUGACAAACGAUUUUCAGCUCUGGGGUUUGGUGCCAGGAUCCCUCCAAAUUAUGAGGUGUCACAUGACUUUGCCAUUAAUUUCAACCAAGAGGAUGAUGAAUGUGAAGGGAUCCAAGGAGUGGUUGAGGCAUAUCAAAGCUGCCUACCCAAGAUCCAGUUGUAUGGUCCAACAAACGUUUCUCCAAUCAUUAACAGGAUAGCUAAGCUGGCAGCAGGAGAUGGCAACAUUAAAGAUGCUUCUCUGUACCACAUCCUGCUCAUCCUCACAGAUGGGGUAGUGACAGACAUGGCUGACACACGUGAAGCCAUUGUUCGAGCCUCCUACCAGCCUCUGUCCAUCAUCAUUGUUGGUGUGGGCAAUGCAGACUUCACAGACAUGCAGAUUUUGGAUGGAGAUGAUGGCGUCCUGCGCUCCCCGAAAGGCGAGCCGGUUCUCAGGGACAUUGUGCAAUUUGUACCCUUCCGAGACUUCAAAACGGCGUCACCUGCGGCCUUGGCCAAGUGUGUUCUGGCAGAAGUACCCGGUCAAGUGGUCGAGUACUUCAGCCACAAGGCCAUCUCCCCCAUGAGCCCGAUGAGGGAGUUACUGACCCCCAUCCUCAGCCCAGUUGCCACCACCCCAACAGAAUAACCAGCUGCUCUGUUCCUUUGACCGAGCUUUGACCACAGCACCAGUCUGGCAGACUGAGAGGGGAAGAGGAUGCAUGCCUCACUACUUUGAACAAGUACUCAACAGAAAAUCCUUCUCAAUGUGUUGUUGCUUACUUAUUUUACAUCACUUUUUCACUCAAAGCAAAAUGUUUACACAAGGACAGAAUUUCAGAGACAGUGGGUUAUAUUUCUGGCCUCAGUGUGGAUCAAGCACAGCCCCCUGGUUGUGGGAAAAUGACCAUCCAACUGUUUCAGCACCAUGAGUCAAGGAGGAUUAUGUUUUUAAUGCAUGCAGGCCAAUCCCUCAUUGCUGAUCUACUGAUCAGAUGCAGGCUUAUCAUUCCUUAUUGGCUGUGAAUUGAAUUUUAACCUUUCAUUUCCAUCUACUAUGUCACUUUCCUAAUGUUAUAUGUUCAGAUAAUUUUGAAAUAUGGUGCAAUCAGUGUUUGACCUCAUAAUAUUUUAUCAAAAUAAAGGAAUCACAGAUAAGCGACAGUUUCUGAUUAAGAAUUAUACUGAACUUCUGUUGCAUGUGAGGCUGUAUGGCUGUCCAAUUAACCUUAUUUUGAGAGACAAUUUUUCAAUAUCAACCUUUAACACCAAAUCAAGAAAGUUUGGGAUGACGAUGCAAAUGUUAAAGAAAAAAACAAAACCAAGCCGUGAUUCCUAAAUCUAAUUUGAUGUAAUUUGUAUCUCUUUGCAGACUACACAAACCCAAGAUAUUUCAUACUACAUCACAAUUCCAAAAUAAAGUUGGAAAGGUGAAUGUUUUAAUACUUUGUAAUGAUGACUUCUUUCACUUAAAGACAACACUUAAAAAUCAAUUAUUGCAUUGAGGAUAGCAGUCCAUGAAUUAUUUCAUGUGUUAUUUGGUCCCGUUCUUUUUGAAAAGACAUCUUUGUAUGCAAGUGUCACAUUCUGUGCCAUUGUCACAUUUUUAAUUUAAAGAAUCUUCACUUAUUUCUUGUUGGAAACAUCUCAGGACGGCAGGCAGGCCAGUCCAGUAUACCCCUUUCUAUCUCAGCCAUGUCUUUGUAAACAGUACAGAAUGUGCAAGAUGGAGGUGAGACAUGGAUGCCCAUGCAAAAAAUCUCUGUACUAACUCCAUGUCCUUUUUCUGAAUUAAUGCUUUCAUCACAGAAAUGUACCUUUACACCAUCACAGAGCCUGAAUGAUAUUUGCACUACUGACUCAUCUGAUCACAAUACACUUUUCCAAUACGCGAUGGUCUAUCCCAGAUGCCCCGAGCCCACAUACAUCAGCACUGCCCCUGGACAAAGGUUACUGUAAGGCAAGGGUGGGCAAUUCUGUUCCUCGAGGGGUGCUGUCCUGCAUGUUUAAGAUGUUUCCUUGUUUAAUCACACUCUUAUACAAAUGAUUGGAUCAUUAAGAGACAUGUGCAGAGAUUGAUGACAAGCUGAUGAUGACCAGUAAUUAGAAUCAGGAGGGAGAAGCAUCUAAAUCAUCCAGAUUUUAAAUUUGGCUCCAUAUUUUACCGUGUGACAAAGGUUUCCCAAAGUAAUCCUUUCGCCAUGUGAUUAUUUCAGAUUUUAAUGAACGAUGGUUCUUGUAUCAAUGUUGUCUGAGUGAUGGAGAUCACAGGUGUGCUUGUGGAUUUGCCCUCUGUUUAAUGAAAUUCCUUCGGGAGUGAAGUCCUUCCCUUAGAGGGAGUUAGAUGCAAGUCCUUCCCAAACUUUUUGGGUUCAAACCAUCUGCAAAGAAAUACAGUCCAAAACGAAUGCAAGAAACAAUGUUGUUGUUUUUUUUUUUUGUACAAAUUUUAUUUACAUUUACCAUAUUGUCCAUAACUUGUCUGAUGUCAAAUCCACCCACAGCGAGUGCGUUUCAUUCUAAUUUGCAUCAGCAGUUGCAAACAAAUCAAGACCUAUCCUCCGAUAAGUAAACAACACCAUUUCUCUCCACAAAGACAGAAAAUGCUGACAGGGAUUGACAAUUAGAAACAGAUGGACAAAUGAAUCUUUUUGAAGUACAAGCAUUUAAACAGUGCUAAUGAACUACUGCCCACAUUAGCAUGUGAGGAGACAGCAACAUCUCUUGUGUUGAUUUCACUUCAUCAGACUCACCCAGCUUGAACAUUUGUGAAGCUGUUUGUGCAAGUGACAUAACUUCAGCAGUCUGCGGUAUUUGCUACAGCUUCAGCUCUUGGUGUGCUUUUAUAUUUUAUAAUUGAGAGCUGAAAAUGUACAAGCAAUCACAUGUACAACCAGUCUAGCUGCAAUUAAGUUUUUCUACAAAAGGUGAUCAAUGACUGCACCCAGUUUCUGGUCUUUUGUCAAGUGGCUUUGGUGUAAGCUCUGAUAGUCUUGCCUUGUGUCAGGCUGUGUCCCUCUGAACUGUCGCGUUUUCUAGUAGCCCUGUAGGCAGUCAUCACGCAGACAGUACUCAUGGUUCUGUUGUGGAAUUUGUCUGGCACUUCUAUAAAACUUUCCACUUUGCUUCUUUUAUGUGCAUUGUAAAUCUUCAAGGUGUUUCAUGAAGAAACUGAACUGGAAAAAAAACUGAAAAAAUUAAAUCAAGUGAAAGCACAAAGUCGAUCACAGUAAAUGUUGUAACACAGUCAUAAUCUUUACAUUAAAAUUUGAUUUAUGAAUACUUUAUGAUGCUUAUUACCACAUUUUUGAGUGUUUCUUAUGGUUAAAUGGAUGUUAAAGCUUUCUCCCAGAACAAACUGCCCUGUAAUUUCAUUAAUUCAACUUCCAUUCUUCUCUUGCUUGAAAGAGGUCUAUUUACUUGUGAAUAUCUGUGACUUUCCUCUUUUGUUGAGCUUUUCAAUACUCAUUUUUCCAAAAAGUUUCAGUUUUACGUCACCUGCCGAAGCUUUGUCAGAUUGUCCCCAUUAGAGUAUUCCCUGUAAAAAAAGCCUUUUACAUAUAUUUUAAACAUGAAUAAUUAUCCAUUUAACAUCUAAAUUAAUUGGAUUUGUAUUGUCAAGGGAAUAUUUCCCAUCAGAUGUAUAAACGACUGAAGUAUUCACUAUUUUUUAAAGUCAUUAUUUUGAAUGAUUUAAGGAACGCCUAUGAGUAAAACCAUUGUAUUUUAUGUCUUUGAAUAAUAUUUCUUAUUUCAUGUUCCUAUUUUAGCUCUAUAUAUCUCAAGAUAAACAUUAAAGUUGAUAUAUACAGCUCCAACAUUUCUAAAUGCUAUGUUGAAACUAUUCAUACCAGUGUUUGGUAUUACAGAUGACGAGAAUUAAUAUUUCUCUUCAAAUCCAACUAUUCUUAUUUCUGGUUCUCUUUACUUUACACUUUGUGUAUUUGCUAGUUCUUUUGUUUUUGUCUUAAAUGUUUUAUACAUGCUAGAGAUGUCCCCGAAUGGUAACUUCAUUCACUUUUAGAAACCAAACAAUAACUGUUAGUAACUGCACAGGAAAAUAUCCAACGUUUAAGUUACAUCAACUUACAAAUGUUCUCCCUGAGCUACAGUAUUUUUCUUGCUUUGAUUCGUCCUCUGGAGCCCAACAGCCCACCAACAGUCAGACACAAACUAUUGAAUUCUCUUGAAUGCACCAAAACACAGUUACCGCUGCUGUCUAACUCCUUUAAAGAUCAACUAUUGAGGAUUUCUGUUUCACUGUGGAUUACAGGAGAAGGCCUAUUGAUCCAGCAGACAUAGAUUUAGAGCCAUGCACAAUAACCCUGGAGGGAGUUUGGUCUCACAGCUGAAGUUGAACUCCACAGCGGGGUCAGAAUGAUGCUCAAACUACGAAAUACUCUGAAGACUGAACAACAAAUUAAAAGAAGGUGAUUUGUUGAGAACAUUCAUCUAAUUUAUGUAAAUAGUCCUCCUAAUACAGUCUUUUAUUUUCAUGCGUUUCAUUUUAGGAGUGCAAAAAUGACUCAUUCUCAGAUUGUUAUUACUAUAUCAAAAAUACAUUUUAAAAAGCUUUUCUUUAAGAAAAGCACCCUGGGCUCUCCCAUAAAUCUGUCGAGGAUACUUAUUCCCCUCAGUAAGGCACUUAGUGGAGAUAUCAACCAAUAUUUCUGUUCCUCAAGGGCAAACUGGCUGAUAUAUUAAAGUCUAAAAGCCAUCAGCACUCCACCUGUGAUUCGUGACUUACAUGGCAACACGCUCUUUUUCCACUGUUAUUAGUAUCGCUAUCAGGCUUUGCCUCAGGUCAUCAGCGGCAGGAACUCAAACGGAUCAUUACCUUUUACGCGUAAUAAUUCUGAUGAGAUCUGAUUUUUAAAGUUGACAGAUUCCUGUCUGCAAAACAAAUGAUAUUCCUCCAUUUGUACUUAUGAGUUUUUUUCUUCUUUUUAUCAUACAUUUAAGAAAUACAGCAAAAAAAGCAAAAGAUAUUAUUUUCUGUUUAAACGUUAUAAUACAGUUCAUUGAGCCAUGAAAAUACGUCAUGCUCCUCUGGUGUCAUGUAAAUUAAAAAAAGAAAUAAAAAAAUACACCUUUAAACACUGUUUGAGGCUAUAAAAUUAUACCGAAUUUGCCCCAAACAAGUCAGUCACCAAAUCCUUUCAUUACAUAUAAUUAGCUUACAAAUAUCACUGCAAUUACACGUUAAAGCCAACAUUUUUAAAAGUGUAUUGUAUGAUAAAUAGCGUUAUCUAAUCUGUGAACUGUUUCUGAAGAAAAUAUCUACACUCCAGUUGUAAUGGGACACUCGUGCCAUUGUGGUGCAAGCAACACUGGGCUGAAACACUGGAGACAGUUCAUGAGACCAUCUUCCCCCCCCGUUUAAAAAAAAACUUAACAAAAAACACCAGCUAGGAAGAAUCCACUGAGUUGGUUACUGUUCCUUAUCUACCAAUGUCAGGCAAAAAAAAAAUAAUUAAAAAUGAACAAGUCAUAGGUUUUGUAGCAGAUCAAUGCGUCUAUUUUCGGACACACACAAACACACACAAACACACACAUACACACUCUUGGUGUGUCUGUGCUUCAUCCAUUCAGUGGACUCCAGUACAAGGCUUUUUAGUACAUUCCCUUUUUAUGCAACUGGUGUGACUGCAGGCUCUGUGGGUAAGAAGAAGAAGCCCAUGCAGCAUUUGACUUCUUCGAACAGAAGAAAGGGAUUUAUUGCAUGCUUACUUUGAUUGUUAAGCUGUGCUGUUAUUCGUGUGGAUCUUAUGAUAUGCUAAUAUGCAAGCCUGCAUUUACACAAACUC